CUGCGGCAGCCGAGGACCUCGAAACACAACAACAGACCGCCCCCGGACACGCGAUGAUUUCCUUAUUACGGACGCUGGCGCUUCCCGCGCGGCUUCUCGGCGGAGCGUGCCAGACGACUGUCGUCGGAGCGCUCGCGGGCAAGACCACGGCGCCGUUCCUGUUCGGCGGCGGCGGCGCCAACACGGCAGCGGGGGGCUGGCUCGCGCCAUCCGUCGCGAAGACGAUUGGCGGCGGGGUGAUGCAGCAGCAGCAGACGAGGGGGAUGAAGGUGCACAGCUCGGUGAAGAAGCGUUGCGAGCACUGCAAGGUCGUUCGACGAAAGGCCGGGAAGCGACAUAACGGAUACCUGUACAUUAUCUGCAAGGCGAACCCGAGGCACAAGCAGCGCCAGAGCUGAGAGGGACCAAUCGUCUCUCUCUUUCUGUCCCUCUCUUAUUGUCGAACAUCACCCACUCGAGCGACGGAACGAUGGAACGACGGCAUGUCCUUGGUGCGUGACCGCUUGCGAAAGGGGCUCAGAGUCCGUCUGUACAACAUGGGGCGCGCGGCCACGCGGCGGGAGAGCAAUUGCAUUAGACAAGGAUGGGGUGCGCGAACUCAAUGGACGGGGAAAGACUUCCAAUCAGACGGGACACGUCGGUAAAACAACUUGGGCAAGGGGG